UAACAUAGACUCGAAACCGUUAUCGUUUUGGGUGGUUUUUGGGUUGGAGCUCCGUGUCGAAGAGAGAGACAGAGAGAGACAAAGAGAUGACGAGGUUUUCGCUGGGUGGAGACGAAGAUGGGGAAGGCCCGAGUAGCCGGAGGCCGAAGCGGCUGAGGAUCUCUGUGCAAAGCAACGCCGUAGAUAGAGACUAUCGAGAACGAGAAGGAGAACACUGCGAAGAUGAAGGAGAGCAAGAAACUCACGAAGAAGAAGAAGAAGAAGAAGAGGAGGAGGAAGAAGAAGAAAGCGAUUACGAAGAGGAAGAAGAAAGUUUUUAUGAUGAAGAAGAAGAAGACAACGUAGAAGAAGAAGAUCCGGGCCCUACUGUGACUGUAGGACCCAGAUCCAACGGUGGCCCCCAAGUGGGUCGUGACGGGUCAAUUUCCGUGACCCUUACUGACCCAGAAGUCCUCGAUUGCUCCAUUUGCUACGAACCCUUGUCAAUUCCUGUCUUCCAGUGCGAGAAUGGGCAUAUAGCUUGCGCUUCCUGCUGCAUCAAACUUAAGAAUAAAUGUCCCUCUUGCUUUUGGCCUAUUGGAUAUAAUCGUUGCCGGUCCAUUGAGAAGGUUCUAGAAUCAGUCAAAAUUUCAUGCCCAAACGCCAAGUAUGGGUGCAAAGAAGCAGUUAGUUACAGUAAGAAAAGUGACCAUGAGAAGACAUGCAGCUAUGCACCUUGUUCAUGCCCCCUUUCAAAUUGCAACUUUAUCGCUUCAUCCAAGCAACUAUACAUACACUUCAGCAGGAAACAUCCAACUUCUGCAACAUGCUUCCAGUACGGUUCUAUGUUCUCUGUUACCUUAAAGGUUAAUGAUAAAUUUAUUGUCCUUAAAGAACAGAAUGACAGUGUUCUAUUUGUCCUCAACAAUAGUGUGGAAAUUAUUGGGAAUUUAGUGAGAGUUUAUUGCAUUGGGCCCUGCUCAUCAACAGGAGGGUUCCCCUACACUCUUCUGGCCAAAAUCCAUGGAAGCUCUCUCCAAUUACAAUCUUUCACAAAGAACCGUCAACAUUGCAUGGAUAAGCCUACUUCAACAGCAACUGGGUUCCUUCUAAUUCCUUCUGACUUUUUUGGUUCAAGUGGCCAGUUCAAGUUGGACGUCUGGAUCCAGCGCAAUUCUUCGUGGUUUGCAUCUCCCCGAAGAAUGGAUCCUGUUUAAACUUUAAAGUUACUGAUGUUAUUGACAUGUGAUAAUGUUUUGGAAAAGUGACUAUUGUUGUUGAUAUAUAAAUUAUCUGCUUUAGAAAAGUUUCUAUA